UGGCUAUAGUGCUUUGCAUGUUUCUGACCUUAGGGCUUGGGCUUUGUUACUUCCUCUUUCAGAUAACCUCAAAACCUGCUCUUAACACUCCCGCAGCACAAAAGAUACUUCCUGUAUAAACAAAAACUUACCAAAGGCUGAAGUCAUAGUACUAGUCCGUGAAAAAAUUGGAAAUUGGAGCACUAAACUCAAGGUCAAUAUGUUCUCCUACUCGAAAACGUGACUGUGCCACAGAUCGGUCCUCUAACAUGAAAAACAAACGAAAACAUCUAUUAAACCCAAAGCAUGAGAGAACUUUGGCUGAACCACAAAUUUGUGCAAGUAAUUCAGAUGACGUCGAUGCAACCAAACAAGUUCUAACAGCUAUGUGGGACUUUGAACAAUGUGAUCCAAAACGCUGCUCGGGUCGCAAAUUGGUUCGUUUGGGAUUGACGAAAUGCUUACGGUUAAAUGAAAGCUUUGGAGGUAUUGUUCUUACACCUACUGCCACUUGUGUCUUAUCUCCUGACACCGACCGUCAGCUGAUGUAUAGUGGUGGCAUUGCUGUAGUUGAUUGCUCUUGGGCUCAGUUGGACCAGACUGGAUUUAAAAAGUUGAAAUUUCAUCAUGGACGUUUACUUCCACUUUUGAUUGCAUCUAAUCCAGUGAAAUAUGGCAAACCAUUUCAGUUAUCAUGCGUCGAAGCUUUAGCUGCAAGUCUUUAUAUUCUUGGUGAACAAAAUCAAGCAACUGAAUUGUUGGAUAAGUUUUCUUGGGGUCAUCAGUUUUUAACAUUAAAUGACCAUCGAUUACAAUCUUACGCAAGAUGUUCCACUGGUAAAGAAAUACUUGACUUUCAAAAAGGUUUUCUGGAACAAAUAACUCGUGUAGAUAGUUCAAAUACAGAAUCAUAUGCUGAUGUUUACGCUGAACUAGAUAAUCAAAUGUUAUCUGAUUCCUCAAGUUCUCAGUGCUCUAUUCCAUCAGAGGAUUCUACGGAACAGGAAACACAAACCAGCUCAUUAACCAGUAAUAAUUGUGACCAACAUGAUUCUACUGUAAUUGAAAAUGAAGAAAUAAACAAAGUCAUCAACAAACAAGUUGAUACAUUAAUUAGUCCAUUUCAACGAACCAAACUUUUCACAGAAUGUGGUAAAAAUUGGGAUCGCUUUUACAAGCGUAAUGGUUGUCGAUUUUUCAAGGAUCGUCAUUGGACAACGCGCGAAUUUACAGAAUUAUCAUCUUUAAAUGACAGAACUCCACGAUCUCUUCUUGAAGUUGGCUGUGGAGUUGGCAACUUCCUAGUCCCUUUAAUUGAAAGUAUGCUUUCCAAUUCACAAGAAGAUAUCAAUGUUUCAGAGCAAUCUGAUUGCGUUUCGAAAGCAAAUGAAAUUUCGAGCAUAUAUGCUUGUGACAUUUCACAACGUGCUGUGGACAUACUGAACGAACGUAUCAAAUUAUUUCCAGUUAAAUGUAAUGCCUUUGUUUGUGAUGUAGCGAAACCUCAUUCUCUAAAAGCUGUUCUAUCUUCUUUGAAUUCAGUUAGUGAUCAGGAAUUCAACACUGCUGAACAUGGUGUUGAUCUGGUAACGUUAAUUUUUGUUCUGUCUGCACUAAACCCACAAGAAAUGUUGACAUGUCUUUCCAAUGUAGCAAGCGUUCUUUCGCCUGGCGGACGACUUCUGUUUCGUGAUUAUGGUCAAUACGACCAUGCUCAAUUAAGAUUUGGUAGAGGAACUCGUUUGUAUGCUGACCGACCCUCAUAUGUUAGACAAGAUGGAACAUUGUCCUACUUUUUUACAAAAGCUGAACUAACUGACUUAUUCUCAAAUGCUGGUCUAUCUGUACAUCGCCUUCAUUUCAUUCAUAAAGAAACAAGAAACACAGCUAAAGGUCUGUGUGUCCGGCGUGUUUUUCUACAGGCUGUUUGUGAAAAACCUAUUUCUUAA